UAUGGAUGUCUGUGUAUACGAGGGGCUCGUUUAUGGAUGAGAACAUCCAACAUUUCCCGGAGCUGUAGUGACUCCUCCAGUGAUAAAAACAUCACCCACAAGAAAUUUACAGAGGAAAAUUCGCUAUGGAAACUGAAAUACACAGGCAGUUCCAAUGCCAGUUCCAAUCUAUAUAACUUCAGGAGGAUCAGGAAAAUCUCAGUCUGCAGUCUGGUCGUUGGAGGCUUCUGCAGUGUCGUGCUCUGGGCCAUCUACGAGCUGGGAAAGCCAGAGGUGGAUCAGCAUGGUCUCUCCAUAGAAGAUGAGUUCAGUGGCUUGCCUUGGGCCCGGGAGUAUCUGGAGCGGAUGUGGCACUCGCUGCAGUAUUAUCAGAAAAUGCUGGAGAAGCCUCUGCCAGAGAAGCUGCUGCCAGACACAAUGCCGCCGCCCUAUAUCCAACCACCGUAUACCCUGGUCCUGGAGAUCAAGGACAUCCUGGUGCAUCUAGAUUGGACCUACCAGACGGGAUGGCGCUUCAAGAAGCGCCCCGGCGUCGACUUCUUUCUGCGCAAGUGCAGUAAACACUUUGAGAUCGUGGUCUACACCUCGGAGCAGGGCAUGACCGCCUUUCCCCUGCUGGAUGCCCUCGAUCCCUAUGGCUACAUCUGCUAUCGCGUGGUGCGCGGCGACACUGACCUGGUGGAGGGGCAGCACGUGAAGAACCUAAACAAUCUCAACAGGAAUCUGAGCCGCAUUGUGGUCGUGGACUGGGAUCGAAAUGCCGCGCCCCAACAUCCAAACAAUACCUUUCUCAUGACCCGCUGGCUGGGCAACGAUGACGAUGUGCAGCUCUUCGAUCUGACGGCGUUCCUGGAACUCCUCGCCGAACACCAUGUAAACGAUGUGCGGGAGAUCUUGAAAUAUUACAGCCGCUUUGAUAAUCCAAUCGAGCAGUUCAGGGAAAAUCAACGGAGACUUCUUGAGAUUGAGGAGAAGACCAAACGAAAGGCCAUGCAAAUCCAACGAAACUGGACGGCCAGGCUGCUGGGACAAUAUGCCAGAGGUACCGAAAAAUAGAAACUAGUCGAUAAUAAUGAAAUAAAU